GACCGCGCCAAAGCUCAGACAGCGGCCACUCUUCAGGAUAAUAACACACUGCGGAGGACCUUUAAACGCACUAUACUGCCGCUACGGCUGCUGUAUACAUCGGACUAUUCGGUUCUUUUUUCAUUAUUUAAGAGGACUGUUCUCGUUGAAGCGUACGAGUCGAGAUACAUUAUUCCUAUUUCAUGCCGGUUUUCUGGAAACGGUGUACGACUUCACGGUCGUGACACGACUUUGACGGGCGCGGUGCGGUGGAGUUGGCGCACUGGACUGGAUAUAUUAUUCGCCUGCAGCCAAGACGGUCCGCACCACCACGACCUCCUCCUCUUUUGCGACUGAAUUAUUUCUUUUUUCCUACACUGUAUUGGCUUGAAGUUUAUUCUCACGAGUGAACAAGGAUUGUUUACGCCGGCUCUGUGCUUGAAUAUGUUGCUGUCAAAGUUUGGUUCAUUUUCUCACAUUUGCAACCCUUCGAGUAUGGACCAUCUACCGGUGAAAAUACAACUCCAGCCUGUCAAAGUGGAGAAGGAGCCUUUCGAGAAGGUUUACCAAGUGGGAUCGGUGCUGGGCAGCGGGGGGUUUGGCACAGUCUACGCCGGUAGCCGGAUUUCUGAUGGCGCACCGGUCGCGGUGAAACACGUCGCAAAGGAGAGGGUGACCGAAUGGGGCACAAUUAAUGGAGCGAUGGUGCCUUUGGAGAUCCUCCUGCUGAAAAAGGUCAGCUCGUCGUUUCGCGGAGUUAUCAAAUUGCUGGACUAUUACGAGCGGGCUGACGGCUGGCUCAUCGUUAUGGAGAGGCCGGAGCUCGUCAAGGACCUUUUCGACUUCAUCACCGAGAAGGGCGCCCUGGACGAGGAGACGGCUAGGGGCUUUUUCCGCCAGGUUUUGGAGGCGGUCAGACACUGCUACAGCUGCGGUGUAGUACACAGAGACAUCAAAGACGAAAACCUACUCGUGGAUCUACGCAACGGGGAGCUCAAGCUUAUUGACUUUGGCUCAGGGGCGAUUCUCAAGGACACAGUCUACACCGAUUUCGAUGGUACAAGAGUGUACAGCCCACCAGAGUGGAUCCGCUUCCACAGAUACCACGGCCGCUCGGCAACCGUGUGGUCGCUAGGCGUGCUGCUAUACGACAUGGUGUGUGGAGACAUCCCCUUCGAGCAGGAUGAGGAGAUCCUCAGAGGGAAGCUCUACUUCAGGAGGAGGAUUUCUGCUGAGUGCCAGCAGCUGAUCAAAUGGUGCCUGGCCUUGCGGCCCUCAGACCGGCCCACCCUGGAGCAGAUCUGCGACCACCCCUGGAUGAGGGCAAUAACAGAGUCCCCCAAGUCGUCAGAGGAGCCCGCCGCCGGUGACAUCCGCCUCAGGACCAUCGACACAGAUUCUUCAUCAAGCACAAGCUCCAGUAAAGAGAGCCUCUGAGGGUGGAGGUGGCGGACCCAAUAGACAUUCUGGGAAAGAUGGGGUGGGGCUGUCAAGGGGUGGGGACGGAGGGAGUGACAUGGACUAAAGGCCAGCAGCCUGUAGCCCCAAUGGCCUGUCAGUGGCCAGGGGCUUAACUCAGCUGGACCGGCAAGAAAAAUGUACUUUAAUUUUCCUCUUUUGUAGGGAAUUUAUAAUUUAUUACUGUUUGUUCUUCCUUAUCUUAUUUCUCCCCCUCCCCAGUUUUUUUUUUCCAAUUCAUUACUUGUUUCCUAAUGGGGAACAUUUUGCUGUUUGGGUGGUCUUACCAGCACUAUUUAUUUUAACCCCCUCCCCCCCUUAUUUUUUAUUUUUUUUGUAUUUUAUUCAUUUUGUUACAAGGCUGGUAAUAUGCAGCUGGCAAGGCCCUCCUAUUCAGACAUGGCUGCUCUCAUAGAGCUUGGAGAAACCCUUUUAUUUAAAUGUUUUAAUUUUGAUUUGGAGUGCCUUUUUUUGGAAAGCUGCUUUUGUGGGGGCUUUCGUCAACAACUCUGUUUUUGGAUCGCCCACGGCCCGGCGGCUGAGUAGACCUUGCCGUGAUGGAAGCAGGGCACAACACAAUUUUUCCCUCUCUAUCACUGUAAGCCAACCAGCCGCCAGCCGAGAGGCUAAGAUAGCAUUAGCUAGGAGAGGAGAAGGAGGUGGGGGCUCUUCUGACAAUGGAAUACUUGAAAUACACUCGACUCAACUCUGUGUCGCUCUCUUUAACGCUGCUCACUCACUCUAUAGCCUGAACAGGUGUUUGGAAACUGGAUCCUGUCUUUUCUGAAUGUCUCUACAAAACGUCAACACACACAAACACACCUCCCCCCACCCUUUUCUCCCUCUCUCCCCCCACCAAUGCCUGUUGCAGGGUGUGUGGCCCUCUUGACUUAUCUUCUUUUCUUUUUGCCUCCCGCCAUCUCACCGCUUAACACUACAUGGCCCCCGCCCCUGGCCUCCCUCAGGGUUUGGGGUGUGAAAUGCACAAUCAAUGCAAUAUUCAUGGACUCAGUUAUGUUUUUUUUUUCUUUUUCUUUUUCUUUUUGAAUACAAAUAUUGUACAGUGUGUAUUUUUUUGUGUACAUUUUUUUCCUCCCCAUUUACAUUUAAUUUAUUUGUAAACAUGUAGACAUUCCACACUCUGUGGCUAUUUAUUUAUUUAUUUCUUGUCCAUGCUUAAAAUCCCCCACCCCCAAAAUUCGCAUAUCUUUUCUUGGCCUUUUGUUUGCAUUCCUGUAACUAUUUUUACAUUUCGACAUGAGUUUUUGAGAUGUGGAGGAUGCACUGAAGCAGUUGUCGAUGUAAAACGGAAUAAAACAAGGUUUACUUAAAUUUGAAAGUGCAUUUGAAUGUUAUUUAACUACUCUUAAAGUCUGUUGGUAAUGUUGAAUGGCAAAAUAUUGGGAAAAAAAAAAUCCAUCUCUGUUUUUGGGACACAUCUGUACUGUCAAAUCCAUUUGAGUUUCAUGGAAAGCUAGACAGCAGGUGGAGUAGAGCUUUCGUAUUCAAGAUCUUUCAGUUUAGCUGUGUGACUUGUGGCUGUGGAGGAUGGAUAUUGCUAUUUUUUGAUACAAAAGUUUCAAUUAAACUCCCUUUUUUUUGUACA